GACGAGGUGGCUCACACGCUGACUGAGAACCGCGUCCUGCAGAAUUCUCGGCACCCCUUCCUCACAGCUUUAAAGUAUUCCUUUCAGACGCACGAUCGCUUGUGUUUCGUGAUGGAGUAUGCGAACGGAGGGGAGCUGUUUUUCCACCUGUCGAGGGAGCGCGUGUUUUCCGAAGACAGAGCUCGGUUCUACGGCGCCGAGAUCGUGUCCGCGCUAGAUUACCUGCACUCAGAGAAGAACGUGGUUUAUAGAGACCUGAAGCUGGAAAAUCUUAUGCUGGAUAAAGAUGGACAUAUAAAAAUAACAGACUUUGGACUAUGUAAAGAAGGCAUCAAGGAUGGAGCAACAAUGAAGACUUUCUGUGGCACUCCAGAGUACCUUGCACCAGAGGUGCUGGAAGACAAUGACUAUGGUCGUGCAGUGGACUGGUGGGGCUUGGGAGUUGUGAUGUACGAAAUGAUGUGUGGACGUCUCCCUUUCUACAACCAGGACCAUGAAAAGCUCUUUGAACUCAUCCUUAUGGAGGAGAUCAGAUUUCCACGCACAUUGUCACCUGAAGCAAAAUCUCUCUUGUCAGGUUUGCUGAAGAAAGAUCCUAAGCAAAGGUGA